AUGACGACGAACAGAAGCGACCAAUUCGUUGAAAUCGAAUGGGCGUGUAUGAAUGACUCACUAGGCAACGUUCAAUACGUAAAAGAAGCCACAUUUUACCAGAAGACGAAAAAAAAAACUCUCUCGGCUGUUAUUAUCAGACAGGAAUGUGUCCGGCUGAGCGACGUGACUGGGCUGCCUAUUUCAACGAAACAGCAAAUGUUGCCCUUUACGGGUGCUUCUGCAGGGAAUGUAAGACUGCCCAGUCGUACAACCACGAUAAUCAUUUCUGGUGUUGGCCUUGGGAUUGUUGUAUUUGGCAUUCUGAUUCGUAGAUGGUUUCGACGUGGGGAGCAUACAAAUACAAAGUUUCUGUCAAGGUUGAACGAUUCAAACCUUAAUGAUGUUCGUGCUUCAUCACGACUACGUUGUACUCCGUCGUUUAGCGAUCGUGGUAGUGGACGUCAAGGUGGUUCACGUCAGCGAAAUCAUUUCAGUAACAGUAUCGAUGCCUUCCCACCUGUAUCUGCGGACUCCUGUCAGGAGUUGGUACGAUCAUUGGAACGUGUGAUCAAUGUGAUCGAGUUCUAUCGUGGUCGUAGUGAGAAAGAUGGUGACAAAUCCGUAGAGCUAACAUCUAUUGCCGAUCGUCUUCAUGCUAUUGAGGCUGAUAUCUCCCGUCUCGUUGCAGAUGGUGCAUUAGAUGAAAUCAAGGAUGACUUCAGUAGUGUAGUACCUCAGUCAUCUGGAUGGCAAGGUUACAGUGCUCCUCGUGCAGGAACACUUUCUGUGCUCUCAGAUGACUCGUUUAUGUCGGCCUAUGAGGAAUUCGCUGUAACCCUUGACGACGAUAUUCUUCGUGAUGUUGUUUCCCUUCCAGAAGAUCAGUUACUCUUUUAUAAAGAUGGUUUGAAGGCAGCAAAUAAUGGAGAGGUAGAGUAUAGGAAAAUGCGUGGUGAUGUAUGUCAAUGUGAAAGCGAACUCGAUUUCGCCGCUAAACUCUGGUGCUUACGUCAGGCUUUUGCAGUAUGCCUUGAUGAUGAUCAUCGUCGGAUGUGGCUGGCAAAAGCUGGCCGUACACUCCUCGGUGAUAUUCUCAGGCAUUCAAAGCAGGAUCCUGCUCAGUUCUACAUUGCUUUUGAUGCUCUAAUAGAUUUCUUCCGAGUGGAAUCCAAUAUCUGUCAGAUGGAGGAGGAAUUGGCUGGACGAGGAGUGGUGGAUUAUGGUUUCUGGGACGUUGUACUAGACUUUAUACUGCUUGACUCAUUCGAUGACAUAAAAUCACCUCCGUCGGCGGUGUACUCUGUAACGAAAAACUACUUUCUAUCGAACUCUAUGAAGUACUCCACCAUAAGCACUAUUAUUUGGUCCAUGUUGAAGGCUAAGCGUCAAAGACUAAAGGAUCAACACGGGUUCAUAGCCCAUAUCUAUAACGUUUCUGAAGCUGUAUCACCGGCUAUCACGCUCGGAUUUCUCGGAACAGAUCCUCGCAUUGGAGAGUUAUGCCAGUACUUUAAGGAACAAAUAACACAGUUUGUCGUGGAUAUUUUUAAUUCGAAACGCGUACGCUACACAACUGUAGAUGCACUAGCCGAAGAUGUCUGGAUCAUACUCGAAAACCGCACCGAAGCUGUUCGUACCAGACUUGGGACGGAGCUUAUUCCUGCCUAA